AUGUCGGUGCCGCCAUUGCAUUCCGGACAGGCAGAUCAACCGUUCAAGGAGACUAUUUUACAAAUCCUCAACAACCAGCACAUGCUGAUGGCGCGGUUGUCGGAUCAAAUGACGGCGAUCCAAGGAAACGUCCAGCAAACAAAUCGAACUGAGCUGAUACUCGACUCCCUAGCGUCGAAUAUUACGGACUUUGUCUACGAUGGAGAAACAGGAUGUUCCUUUGAAGCUUGGUUCGCUCGCUAUGCGGACCUCUUUGAGAAAGAUGCCGCCCAAUUGACGGAUGACGCAAAGGUACGGCUCCUACUCCGAAAGUUGAAUCCUGUCGCCCACGAGAGAUAUACAUCGUUCAUUCUUCCUAAGCUGUCAAGAGAAUAUUCUUUCGAAGAAACAGUAGCUAAAUUGAAAACUAUCUUUGGUACCCCUGUGUCAAUUUUUCAUCGUCGGUACCAAUGUUUGCAGACAACUAAAGACGAGCAUGAAGAUUUUAUUAGUUACUCAUGCAAAGAAAACCGAGCUUGCGUUGAUUUCAAGCUGCAGGAGUUGCAGGAAGAAAAAUUCAAAUGUCUCAUUUUCUUGUGUGGGCUAAAAUCAUCCAAGGAUUAUGACAUUAGGAUGCGUUUGUUGUCGAAAAUUAAUGACACAAAUGAUAUCACACUUGAGAAGGUUGUCGAAGAGUGCAAAUCUCUCAUUAACCUGAAGCGUGAUACGGUUCUUAUAGGAGGACAGUCUUCAUCCUACACUGUGGCGGCAACGAAGGCUACCAGAGCACACUCACCAUAUGGACAUAGGAGGGGAAAUGUCAAACACAACAAAGGCAAGUGUGACGAAGUCAAAACGCCGUGCUGGGGCUGCGGCGGUAUGCAUUUUUCCAGUCAAUGCACUUUUAAAGACCACAAGUGCCGGGACUGCGGUCGAACGGGCCACAAAGAAGGCUAUUGUGGGUGUUUCAAACGGCGUCAACCAGUAUACAAGGGCAAGCAGCAGAGCAAAAUGCAACACUCAAAUAAGAUCGUGAUAGUAAAGGACCUCAAACGAAGUAGGCGAUAUGUUGAAACCAGCAUCAACGGAGUACCAGUUAGUCUUCAGCUGGAUUCCGGCUCCGACAUAACAGUCAUAUCUAGACAAAACUGGAUCAAAAUUGGAGCACCACAAACAUGGCCACCGGACUGCGAGGUGCAGACAGCUUCUGGCAGUAAAUUGAAAAUCGAUUCGAUGUUCCGAGCCACCAUCACCAUCGGCGACACACAACGAGAAGGUAAUUGUUACGUUACUAACCUAUCUCUGAACGUUUUAGGCUCAGACCUACUAGAUGAGUUUGGGCUAUGGGACGUGCCGUUUUCAUCAUUUUGUAAGGUGAUCGAAAAAAAAGAAGACCAACAUAUUGCUGAGUUAAAAGCGGAAUUCCCAAGUGUUUUUUCGGAUCGUAUGGGCCUCUGUACGAAAAAGCAAGUACAGUUCACACUUAAAGAGAAUGCGCGGCCGGUGUUCAAACCCAAGCGGCCGGUUUCGUACAGUAUGGAGACGGUCAUAGAAGGGGAAUUACAGCGUUUAGAAGAUCUCGGUAUCAUUACACCGAUAACCUACGCAGACUGGGCUGCACCGAUUGUGGUGGUACGUAAGCCGGACAAUUCCGUCCGGAUUUGUGCAGAUUUCUCGACAGGGUUGAACAACGCACUAGAGGCAAACAACUACCCUUUGCCUCUCCCGGAAGACAUAUUCAAUCGAAUGGCAAAUUGUGUGAUAUUUAGUCAUAUCGAUUUGUCAAACGCUUAUCUACAAGUCCCCGUCGAUACAGAAAGUCGCAAGCUGAUCAAUAUAAACACACACAAGGGAUUAUAUCAGUUUAAUCGGCUAUCCCCUGGCAUCAAAAGUGCCCCAGGGGCUUUCCAGCAAAUUAUGGAUACGAUGCUGGCGGGAAUCGAAUGCACCACCCCCUACCUUGAUGAUAUACUGGUUGGAGGUCGUACCGUAGAGGAGCAUAAACGUAACCUACGUCAUGUGCUCCAACGCAUUCAGGAGUACGGUUUUACGGUGAAGUUUGAAAAAUGUCGAUUUUUUAUGCGCCAGGUGAAGUACCUAGGCCAGCUUCUGGACUCCAAUGGUAUUCGCCCUGAUCCCGAUAAGGUUAAGGCAAUAGUUAAUAUGCCUCCCCCGCACGACGUAUCAACCCUCCGAUCGUACUUAGGUGCGGUUAAUUAUUACGGCAAAUAUAUCCGAGAAAUGCGAACUCUUCGGCAGCCGUUAGAUAAACUUCUUAAAGAAGGAGUUUGUUUCCAGUGGUCAGACGCUUGUCAACGCUGUUUCGACCGUUUCAAGCAAAUUUUGCAAUCCCCUCUCAUGCUUACACAUUACAACCCUCGGCUCAAAAUUGUGGUGUCAGCGGAUGCUUCAAACGUCGGUAUCGGUGCCCGCAUUGCGCAUCGUUUUCCAGAUGGGUCGGAAAAGGCGGUUUUUCAUGCUUCUCGAAGUUUAACCCCAGCAGAGACACGAUACAGCCAAAUCGAAAAGGAGGCUUUGGGCCUCGUCUAUGCGGUCACAAAAUUUCACAGAAUGAUUUAUGGCAGGCAGUUCAUUUUACAGACUGAUCAUAAACCACUUUUAGCCAUUUUUGGUUCAAAACGUGGCAUUCCACCAUACACAGCCAAUCGGCUCCAAAGGUGGGCACUAACAAUGUUGUUAUACAAUUUUGAAAUUGAGUAUGUUUCCACUGAUCAUUUUGGCCACGCAGACAUAUUAUCGCGUUUAAUCAAUAGCCAUGUCAGACCAGAUGAGGACUACGUCAUCGCCUCCAUUGAGAUUGAACAGGAAAUUUGCAACGUAGUCAGUCGGUCAAUCGAGUAUCUUCCUGUUUCAUAUAAAAUGAUAGCAGCCGAGACUACUCAAGACGAGACGUUGCAGCAGGUGUUGAAAUAUGUGAUCAAUGGUUGGCCGAGCGACAAGAGAACCGUCUCCGGUGGAUUGGAGGUUCAACAAUUCUUUGCACGACGGGAAUCGAUGUACGUAGCGUCAAGAGUUCUAAUGUAUGGAGAACGAAUUGUGGUACCAAGAAAAUUGCAGCGCAAGGUACUGCAACAGUUGCACAAAGGGCAUCCGGGCGUAGAGCGAAUGCGGUCUCUCGCGAGAAGUUAUGUGUACUGGCCGAACAUUGAUGAUCAGGUUUCAACUUUAGUUCGAUCCUGUGCUGAGUGUGCGUCUGUGGCGAAGAGCGAUACUAAAACUAAACUUGAAUCAUGGCCUAUUCCUGAAAAGCCUUGGCAAAGAGUGCAUUUGGAUUUUGCAGGACCGAUCAAUGGAGUGUAUUAUCUUCUCUUGGUAGACUCAUUGUCAAAGUGGCCAGAGGUGGUUCCUACUACCAGAAUCACCACAGCAGCAACCAUCUCUAUUUUACGUCAGAUCUUCAGCAGAUUUGGAAUGCCUGAAGUGCUAGUGUCGGACAAUGGGACACAGCUAACAAGCGAUGUGUUUGAGCGAUUUUGCGAGGCAAACGGUAUUAUGCAUCUCAAAACAGCGCCGUUCCAUCCCCAAAGCAAUGGGCAAGUGGAACGUUUUGUCGACACGUUCAAACGGACAAUAAAAAAAAUUCAGGCGGGAGGAGAGUCAUUAGAAGAAGCAAUUGAUACCUUUUUGCUCUGCUACAGAGCUACACCGUGUCGAAAUGCUCCAGACGGCAAAUCCCCGGCGGAAGUGCUUUUAGGAAAACCAUUGCGGACAUCAUUUGAACUGCUCCGCCCUCCAACCAGAUUUUUCAAGGAUAACAGUCUGAAGCAAAACAAACAAUUCAACGCUAAACAUGGUGCGAAGGAAAAAUCCUUCGAGGUGAAAAAUAAAGUGUUUGCCCAAGUGCACUACGGAAACAAAUGCAACUGGGUGCCAGGAGAAAUCGUUGAACGAGUGGGUACUGUCAUAUACAACGUUUGGCUUCCAGAAAUGCAGCGGCUUAUCCGGUCGCAUAGCAACCAACUGAGGACACGCUACGAAGAUAAACCGAGUGAAUCAUGUGAAGCGGAGCGGACUGUCCCCCUCGACAUACUGUUGGGCGCCUGGGGACUCGGUCCAACCGAACCAAAUACUACUAAGGAGGUAGCAUCGACAUCAGGAUCGUCGGAAAGUUUGAAUGAUUUUCAACGGGAGUUUUUGCGAGAGCUCAUGGGUCGCGAAGAGGGAAAUCCUCGACCUCGGUUACCAAAAAAACCUCUACGAUAG